AUGAUGGGUGACAUUUUUGCUUGUAUAGAACCAGAGUUGAUUGGAUUUAUUCAAUAUCAUGAAAGAAUGGAUAGCACUUAUUCAAUGGCUGUGUUAGUAAGACUGGGCCGUCAUGUUAUGUCUGCUAAUGAUACCGGCUCCUUUUUAAGUAUGACUUAUGGGUCUGCAUUAGUUCAUGUAAAAAGAAAUUAUGAUAAACUCAUGCAUGCUCACUUAAAAUCAAUUCAAGAAGUAAGAAUUAUUAAAAAGUCUAAAUGUGGCAUACUUCCUUUUGUUGCCAACUUUGAGUAUUUUGCCAAGACAGCUGAACAAAUAUUUAAAGAAACAGAGCUAAAUGGUAUCUUAAACUCUUAA